AUGCAGGCAGUUUCCAGGAGAUUAGUCCAACGGCCUCUCGCCGGAGGAGCUUCGAUCUAUUCAUCACCUUCUCUCAGAUCGCUCUAUGGAGUCUCAGAUCACCUUAAUGGGACUGAUAAUCGUCGCUACUCGUCUUCCCUCGCUACUAAGGGCGUUGGACACCUCGCUCGCAAGGGUACUGGUGGGAGAUCUUCCGUUAGUGGCAUUGUAGCUACGGUAUUUGGAGCCACCGGAUUUCUGGGUCGUUAUCUUGUGCAGCAGCUAGCGAAAAUGGGAUCACAAGUGCUAGUUCCUUUCCGAGGCUCGGAGGACUCUCCUCGACAUCUCAAGUUGAUGGGAGAUUUAGGACAGGUAGUACCGAUGAAGUUUGAUCCAAGAGACGAAGACUCGAUUAAGGCUGUCAUGGCAAAGGCUAAUGUCGUCAUCAAUCUAAUUGGAAGGGAGUACGAGACCAGGAAUUUCAGUUUCGAAGAAGCUAAUCAUCAUAUGGCUGAGAAGCUUGCACUGGUGGCCAAGGAACAUGGUGGGAUAAUGAGAUUUAUUCAAGUGUCUUGUCUGGGAGCUUCUGUGUCAUCUCCUUCAAGAAUGCAGAGGGCAAAAGCUGCUGCUGAGGAAGCUAUCUUGAGCGCGCUGCCUGAGGCCACAGUCAUGAGACCUGCGACUAUGAUUGGUACAGAGGACAGAAUCUUAAACCCAUGGGCACAGUUCGUUAAAAAAUAUGGUUUCCUCCCGCUCAUAGGUGGUGGGACCACCAAAUUCCAGCCCGUAUAUGUGGUUGAUGUUGCUGCUGCGAUCAUUGCAGCUCUAAAGGAUGAUGGCUCCAGCAUGGGGAAAACCUAUGAACUGGGUGGUCCAGAUGUCUUUAACGCUCGUGAUUUGGCAGAGAUCAUGUUUGAUAUGAUUCGUGAAACGCCUCGAUAUGUCAAGCUUCCAUCUCCAAUUGCUAAGGCAAUGGCAGGUCCUCGGGAUUUCAUGGUGAACAAAGUCCCAUUCCCUCUACCCUCUCCACAGAUCUUCAAUCUUGAUCAAAUCAAUGCGUUUUCAACCGAUACUGUGGUAUCUGACAAGGCCUUGACGUUUCAGGAUUUGGACCUUGUCCCUCAUAAAUUGAAGGGAUAUCCGGUCGAGUUUCUCAUCCAAUAUCGCAAAGGUGGUCCUAAUUUCGGUUCUACUGUCAGUGAAAAGAUACCAACAGACUUCUACAAUUGA